CAUGGUACAUAUCGGUAAAUUGCAUGAUUAAUAUCUCGGUUAACCACAGUCUCCGAAAAGAUACCCUCAUGAGAACUGAUGUUAUUACCGACAUUGAAUAAUACAGAUCACAUCCUCUGGUUCAUAAUUCUACUCACAGUGUCUUUAUCAAUUGAUGGCGGUGUAGCUCAAUGUAAAAGAGGGUUUCAAAGAGUGGUCAAAUGGUGCAUUUCUUUACACGAGGUUCCGAUGUCAGCUGCGGACUCGAUAAAGACAUGUAAAGAACAGGGAGGGAGAAUGCUGGUCCUAGACUCCAGGGAGAAAGAAUACACAAUCACACAGUACAUCCAAGAAUUAGAUUUUUUUCGAAAACCAGAAAGCAGAGAGACUAAUCUUCAUUCAUCACUUCAAGAAAUGAACGAGAUAGCAGAAGUGUCAAAGAAAUUUUGUGAGGAAUACCGAAAAUUCAGAAGAAAUGUCCCUUCCUUUACCUUUAUAAAGAAGAGCAAGACACGGACUGAAUCCCCUGCAUCUACUCACGCCAACAAGACAACUCCAGAGAGUUUUUAUAUAUCACUGUCCGGUAUCCCUGACGCGGGACUAGGGGUUUGGUCAGAUAUUCCUAUACCCAAGUUUACAGUUUUGGAUGAAUAUGAAGGGAUCGAGUACAACAUUGCAGAUGCUUGUAAGAUUAAAGCCCGCUGCAAUAACUACUCAUGGUUAUACUCGUGGGUGGUGAGAAGCACUGACGAUAUCGUUUACAAAAUCGAUGCUACAUCUCCAGAGCUCGGUAACUGGCUCCGUUAUGUCAACUGUGCUGCACACACAACACAGGAAAACGUACACGGCUUCCCGUGCGAGGGACUGGUGUUCUACAUGACAACAAGGGACAUAACUCCACGUACCGAGUUAUUUUUGUGGUACGGAGAUUCAUAUGGAGAUUAUCUGAAUUUGAAAAGAAUUCACCCAGAGAAGGACAUGGGAGACAAUGUCAAGAUAAGAGUGAAUGUCCUAAGUAAACAAUCGGACAAAAUGUUCUAUGAAGAUGGCACUCCUAUGAACUACACCCGCUGGGUUCCUGGAUCCACCCAGGGACUUCCUGAUGGUGUAUUUGGUUUAUCGUUGGUUUUUAAAGAAGUUGAAUGGAAAUGGCAUCCCGAGAAAGACUAUUCUUAUUUCACAGGACCGGAGGGUCUUAAGCUUCCCUUUAUAUGUGAGCAAAUGUACAAAAUGUAGUUACUUUAAUGUUAACUUAUGCUCUGUUUUCCUUUAAAUACUACGUAUUUAUAAUUGUCUGCGCAUGCCAUGCAGAUAUUCUUGUUAAGUUCCCUACCAGUUAAACUGAAGGGGGCUACAGAUUUCUUAAGGCUUUUGCUCUGCCUACAUGUUUUUAUCAGUAUUGCUUAUACAAUGCUAUAAGUAUCAGAAUGUUUGUUUUCUGUCUUUAUUUCAAAGAAAGGUACACAUUCUAAUGUACUUACAAUGGUUCAUUAAAUCUGAUUUUUUUUAACCUGUGAGAACCUUCAAGUUAUGUCGACAUUUAUUUUUUUGAAAGCUUCUCUUCCAAUUUACAACUGCACUCGCCGUUACAUAUUUUUCGUCCUGCAUGUAUGCGAUAUAUACCUCUAAAAUGCUUCGGCUUAGAUAAUGAAAGUAAAUAUAUGAACUUUAAGAAUCAUUUUUUUUACCAUCGAACCAAAC